AUGGCUGAUGCAACCGCAGCAGUACCAACGCCGGCAACGGCAGACACAGGCUUUAUCUUUUCCAUGCCACAUCGCGACCAUCCACUCACGUCGGAUGCUGCAUUCUUACGAUUGCUUUCCUGGUACUUGCCAGAGGACAUUCUCUUGGCCGUAAGACCGGAGCUGGCCAAAUUUGCAGAAGAGGCGACGUCAGACCCAGUGAAGAGUUGGACCUGCGACGCGGAAGCUCGCCAACCAUACGUCAAGACACAUAAUGUAUGGGGAGAAAAGUACGGCGUGGAUAAAUUGAUUACGAGCGAUGGCUGGAAGAACCUUCGCAGUUGGGGUGUACAGAAUGGCAUCGUGGCAACAGCCUACGAGCCUCACUUCAGGGAGUACAAGAGAAUCGUCCAACACGCAAAGAACUACUUCUUCAGUCCCUCAUCCGGGUUGACGGGCUGCCCACUUUCAAUGACCGACGGCGCAGCGAAGCUGCUCGCCGAGUUCCUCCCGUCCGUUCCCUCGUCGCACCCUUUCCACGAGGUGUAUGACCACCUCAUCUCUCGCACCGACUACUGGACGUCGGGACAGUGGAUGACAGAGCGGGCCGGCGGCAGCGAUGUCCAGAACACGGAAACCUGGGCCGCGUACGCGCCACUGGCCCACCGGGAGGGCGCUCAUGGACGCCUGGACGAAGGCGACUACCUCGUAUCUGGGUUCAAGUUCUUCUCCUCAGCUACCGACGCCGACGUUGCUGUCUUGUUGGCUAAGACCAAGAGCGGGAAACUGAGUGCAUUCCUUGCGCCAUUGACGAAGAGAGUCGUCGACGCUGACGGCAACGAAAAGAUUGUGACAAAUGGGAUCCGCAUUCACCGACUCAAAAGUAAGCUUGGAACUAAACAGCUUCCAACGGCGGAACUCGAGCUCAAAGAUGUGCGGGCACAUCUGGUCGGACCACUGGAUCGCGGUGUCAAGACCAUUUCGCACAUCCUCAACAUCACCCGCGCACACUCCUUCAUGGGAAGCGUCGCCGGGUGGAGGCGAUGUCUAUCCACAGCAAAGGCCUUUGCACGAGCCCGCACGACCUGGGGAACACCAUUGUGGAAGCUGCCACUUCAUCUCCGCACACUCGCCGAUCUGGAGCUCAAGCACAGAGGCGCUUUGCAUCUUGCCUUCUUUACCGUCUCUCUCAUGAGCUUCACCGAGAAUGGAUUUCCACCUUCCGAUACCAUGGGGUCUUACGCGCCGAUACCCCACGAGGGUGCCGAAGCUCGCGUUGUGCUCAGGGCAUUGACGGCAACGUCGAAAGCAGUCAUCGCAAAGAACACAUCGAGCGGUAUCCAGGAGUGUAUGGAGGCCAUGGGAGGUGUAGGGUACAUUGACGAGCCCGACGAGCCGGAGAACCUUGCUCGCGCAUUUCGCGACUCCAACGUCAACACCAUCUGGGAGGGCACCACAAAUGUUCUCAGCAGCGAGGUCGUACGUAACUUGGUCAAGGACGAUAAUCUUGAGGUUCUCAGUAGCUGGUUUGAACGCGUCAUUGGCGGCAUCGAGAACAAAGAGCACCGUCAGGCAUUGAGCGGUUCGUGGGAGACCCUCCGUCGCCUUUUGGCGAGCGGCAAAGGGAACUUCCUCGACCUACUCGGCAACGGCAGGCGCAUCAUGUUCAGUCUCGCUUGGAUCGUCAUAGGCAUGUUAUUGGCAGCAGAUGCGCAGCGAGAUGGCGACGCUGUAGCGAACGAAGUCGCACGUCGAUGGCUUCUAAACGGAGAGGGUGGUGUCGGGGAGUGGCUCCUCCCACAUGUCGGUGGUAUACGCACAGGAGCCCACUUCCAAGAGGGUGAUGAGCGUCAGAGCUGGGACAUGAGACUGGUUUGGGGGAAUUCUGCUCUGGAACAUCGCCAAAGCCCUGGUAACUCGGGGCAGGCCAAGAUCUGA